UGAUCCAUUGAUCGCCAGCUACAAUAAUAAAAAGGUCCUUGAUCCAUAAGAUUAUUAUUAUAUAUCCUUCUCCUUCCCCCACCCCAGAUCCCAGAUCGUACCAAUAUUGUUGGACUUUCCUACGAAGCCUCACGUCAACCACUUGACCAGGAUGAUAUAGUUGUGGGUGCCUUCAGUUCCCUUGCCUUUUGGCAGUCUUACCUCCGUGGCACCUCCGUUUGCCCGAUUCGUACCCAUCGAUCUUCCCACGAUAUCGAAAAAUCUGGAACCUGUGUUUGCCGGCUUGUGUCAAUAAAGAAUGACCGUUCUCACGAGAAGUUUGAGAAAAGCCGCCCGGAUCAUACUCAUUGGCGCUCCUGGCGUUGGAAAAGGGACUCAAACCGAGAGACUGAUCAAGAGAUACCCCCAACUCGCCUCCAUCAGCUCAGGGGAUCUGCUUCGAGACCAUGUUCGCAAUAGAACACCAUUAGGUAUCCAAGCGGAGGCCGCUAUCCAAGCAGGAAAUCUCGUUCCAGAUGCGAUGAUACUGGACCUAAUAUCAUCAGAGCUUGCCUCGAAGGGCUGGCUUUCUAAACCCGCUCCGGGAUCGUCAUCGUCCACAGCGGCGGCAAGCCUGGAUCCUUCCGCUUCCUUUAUCCUCGACGGGUUCCCACGCACAGCCAUCCAAGCAUCCAGCCUAGAAAGCCUAGUCCCCAUCAACCUUGUCGUGCAACUCCUUACACCUCCUGCCGUCAUUCUCUCCCGGAUCGCGUCCCGAUGGGUUCAUCCUGCUUCGGGACGGGUAUAUAACACAGAAUUCAAUGCACCAAAAGUCCCUGGAAAAGAUGAUAUAACAGGAGAGGCACUGGUUCAGAGGCAGGAUGAUUCAACUGAUGUUUGGAAGGAGAGGUUCAAGAAGUUUGAAGAAACUAGCCAAUCGCUACUUGACCACUAUGAAAAGCAAGGGUGCUUGUGGCGGGUUGAGGGUAACUCAAGCGAUGAAAUCAGCCCCAAGCUUUUCGCUGAGGUUGAAAGAAGGUUCGGUUAAUGGGACCUGUCUCGGCCAUGAAAUAAUUAAAGAUUAUAUCCUGUUAUCUAGAUUACCCAGCCACAGCGCGGUAUCUGUUAGCACUGGUGUUUAAUUAGAGCUAUUGGCUCCCUGUUUGCCUUUUGGCUAUGUACAGUACAUAGGGCACUCCAACUUAUUCAUAACACAUGUUCAUGAUUCACAUCACACAUUAAUAAUGCUGAAAAAGAGCGUAGUUACAGUAGUCAGGUUGACAUCGUCACAUGUAGCCACGUAUAGCCAUCUCAUGCAAACGGGUAUUGGAGGGACGACAGAACAGAACUCCAACCAACUCCAUGGCUUGACACAAAAGGCCCAAACGGUAUCCAUCCCAACAGGAGGAUGUUAUUCAUCACUUCUUCCUCGUACCCCCCCGAGCAUUCUUCUUCUGCUCUUCCUCUGCUGCCAUUCUCGUCUUAUACUCUCUCGGGCUCUCCCACUCUCCUUUCUUCCCUCCCUUCAACCCUUUCCACAUCCCUUUCCCCUUCUUCUUAGCGCAUGCUUCUGCCUCUCGAUACUGUCUCUCUAGCUCCACUCCGCCGAACUCUACUCCCGUCUUCGCCUCGUACACCGUCGCUAGACCAUGUUUUAACAUCUGUAGCCCGACAUCUUGCCUGAAGAAGAGCCAGCGACGGACGUAGACUGUGGCCACGACGCGCCCGUAUUGAUCGGGACGAUAGAGAUGGGCUCGAACACGCCGGCCCAGAAUGUACCUUGUCAGCCAGGAAUGUGCUUCGUGGGAGAACGGUUGGGCGGGGCGGCCGAAAUGAGGGAGUUCAGGGGCGUCAACGCCUGCGAGACGGACAUGGAUCUUUAAAGAGCAUUAAAAAAAAAUCAGUCAAAUGGUCAUUUUCCUCCCCGCUACCGUUCUUGGACUGCCCAUAAGAAGCAGAAACAGCAUAAAAGGCACUGUACAAGGAGAGAAAACGAAAGGCCGUCACCCAUACAGUCCUAUUCUUCAACUCAUUCUUUCCCGUGGGCACUUUCCGCCACCACUCCCAUCCACCCAGCUUUCCGCCGGGGGUGUGGUACAUCCGGAAAUUAUCCCCAUCUCCGACACUGGUCACCUUACCCAGCAGACUCCGUCGCCUGAAGAAAGAGGGCGAGAUGUGCCCCGCUUCGGGUAUCCGCCGCAGGUACUUUCGGUGGAUGUGCACACAGAGCAAGAUGCCUCCAGUUACCAGGGCUGUGGGGAUAAUCGUCCUGGGCUCAGUGAAUUGUUUCCAGUCCGUCGCGUUGACUAUCGAAUUCCAAUCUCUGCUGCUGGAUUGGACUUUAGAUAUUGUGCGGUCGGAGGGAGGUGCUGCAUUUGACGGUGCGGGCACGUCCACGUUCUCAUUAUUCCUGCAUUUCACUUGUGAAGCAGCGCCGCUAUUAUUGUUUGAGUCAUCUUGCGGUGGUGAAGCCCAGAA